ACAUUUCCCAUGAAGCUUCGCGGCGUCAGCUGACGGUGUGUCUGCUUCACAUGACUUGCGUGUCAACAAAUCCUUCACCGUUGUUCAGUAGAACAAGUUAUAGCCAGGAACCUGCUCUCCAACUAACGUCGUUGGUGUUCAGGAGGAAAGCCGCUUUCACAGAUAUCCGAUUUGUCUUGUCGCCAGGUUGUGAUGUCAGUCAUGGCUCCCGUUGCUGCUAAAAAGCUGACAGGGCUGGUUGCAGCCACAUUCACUCCAUUCACCGCUGGAGGUGAACUCAACCUAUCAGAGAUUGGACCUUAUAUUGACUUCUUGACAGAGAAGCAAGGUGUAAAUUGCAUAUUUGUGAACGGCACCACCGGAGAAGGUAUGUCUCUCAGCGUUGCAGAGAGGAAAGUCCUAGCACAGGUGUGGUGUGAGAAAGCCCAGGGCAAAAUGGAUCAGGUGAUUGUGCAUGUCGGCUGCAUGAGUCUUAAAGAUUCCCAAGAACUGGCUCGCCAUGCAGCAGAGAUCAGGGCUGAUGCAAUAGCAGUCAUCGCCCCCUCCUACUUUAAGCCCAAAAAUGCAGAUGCGUUGAAGAUGUUCCUCCAAGAAGUGGCUUCAGUUGCCCCAACUCUGCCCUUCUAUUAUUACCAUAUUCCUGCAAUCACCGGUGUCAACGUGCUGGUGAGAGAUAUGCUUGAAGGUAUUGAGACGCUCAUUCCCUCCUUUCGAGGUGUGAAGUUCAGCGGGACUGACCUGAUGGACCUUGGCCAGUGUGUCAGCUACAGUCCGCCUCAUUGGUCGCUCCUCUAUGGCGUGGACGAACAACUGCUCGCAGCUCUGGCUAUGGGCUGCCAAGGAGCCGUUGGCAGCACAUACAACUACAUCGGAUGUCAUGCCAACAAGCUCAUUUCAGCGUUUGAGAAUGGCGACCUUGUCCAGGCCAGGAAAAUCCAGUUCAAGCUGCAGGAGCUUCUCCGUUAUGCCAUGAAACUCGGCUUCGAUCUGGGAGUGAACAAGCAGCUGAUGAGUGAGGUGUCAGGCCUGAGUCUGGGGCCUCCUCGACUCCCCGUGAUUCAGUGUCCUCUUGCUCAUGCCCGCUCCAUCGCAGAGAAGUGUCACAGCAUUUUCCCAGAAUGCUGAUAUGUUCGCACUAGAUUGAGCAAUGAAAAUCCUCUGCCCCACUGUCAAUGAUUCAGACGCACACAUGGAUCCAGUUACUGAAAGUGAAUCACGUUAUUCUACUAAACCAGCUAUUAUCAAUCAGGAGUUUACACUUUGCUUCUAAGUGCCCUUGCACAAAGAGUUCCUGGUGCAUAAAUUAGGAUUGAGUAUACCUGCAAAUGCAAUGCAAGUGAUCUUUGAAUCAAACAGCAGUUUUCCUUUUUACCUUUUUUAAUAUCAACGUGGGGCAUUACACGUACUGUAUGUUCUAUUGAUUAUACUACAGUAUUUUUAUGGGCAUUCACAUCCUCAGUCAGUCCUUCCCUUUGCUGGGGAACUAUAACUGUUAUGUGAACUGUUUUUUUAAUCUCAGUGUUUAUUUUUUCAUAAAAUGUGAAAAUAGCAACUUCUGCUGGUGCUGGGGGGGGAACAUGACAUUUUUGUUUUGGUUACAUUUAUGGAAAAGGGGACCGUCCCAAAUCAGCAGUAUUAGAUUACUACCCUGUACUGUAGAUCAUGACUGCAUCUUAUGUUUUUUUAAUGUUUUGCCUCCGUUCAUACCUGCCAACUGUAUUUUUUAUACCUUGAAAAUGACAUUUCUAUUAAAAAAAAAAUCCUAACCUUAAGAUGACUCCAUCAGAAGGGAGGAUGACGGAGACAGAGGACGCAUAAGUGUGAAAGCUGUUACAAGUGUUUGAUGCUCAAAAAAGAAAAAUGUUGUUAGAAGUGAGCUAGAAGGGAAAUUCGAUCCAGCCCUAAUUUUGAGUUAGAAUGCACAAGGUGUUCAUUAAAUGUAUACUGAAUGGCAUAUAAAAGGGAAAUAUACUGUGUAAUUAAGAAUCUGUCAUUUGUAUUGUUCUAACAAAUAAUUGCUACUUUCUUACUAAUAAAUGCAGUGACCCACUGGUUGAUUCAAACGGA